CUCUGUUUUCAUUUCAGUCUUAAUGAAAACUUUUUCGUUUACUUCUCAAGUUUCUUUUCAAAGCAGUGUAAGUAGUAUUUAAAAUUUUACGCUUCAAGAAAGAAAGACUUUAACGAUGUUCAGCUUUGGUCUUGUAAUGUUGAACGUAAUUCAUUUUUUAAUCUGUCUGCACAGCGAGAAGUGAAAACGAAUGGGGAUUGAACUGCUUUGCCUGUUCUUUCUAUUUCUAGAAAGGAAUGCUCACGUACAAGAAUUUUUCCCAACCUUCUGGAGCUGGUGAAAGAUGUGAUACCCCAGCAAAUCUUUUAGCUAAAGGAUGUCAAUUAACCUUCAUCGAAAACCCUGUUUCUCAAGUAGAAAUACUUAAGAAUAAGCCUCUCAGUGUUGGCAGACAGAAAAAUAGUUCCAACAUUGUUCAGAUUACACCUCAAAGCUUGAUUCUUAAAUUAAGACCAGGUGGUGAACAGACCCUGCAGGUGAAUGUCCGCCAGACAGAGGAUUACCCGGUGGACUUGUAUUACCUCAUGGACCUCUCAGCCUCCAUGGAUGACGACCUUAACACAAUCAAAGAGCUGGGCUCCCUGCUUUCCAAGGAGAUGUCUAAAUUAACCAGCAACUUUAGACUCGGCUUCGGCUCUUUUGUGGAAAAACCUGUCUCACCUUUUAUGAAAACAACACCAGAAGAAAUUGCCAACCCUUGCAGUAGUAUUCCAUACUUCUGCUUACCUACAUUUGGAUUCAAGCAUAUUUUGCCACUGACAAAUGAUGCUGAAAGAUUCAAUGAAAUUGUGAAGAAUCAGAAAAUUUCUGCUAAUAUUGACACACCGGAAGGUGGAUUUGAUGCAAUCAUGCAAGCUGCUGUGUGUAAGGAAAAAAUUGGCUGGCGGAAUGACUCCCUUCACCUCCUGGUCUUUGUGAGUGAUGCAGAUUCUCAUUUUGGGAUGGACAGCAAACUGGCAGGCAUCGUGAUUCCUAACGACGGACUCUGUCACUUGGACAGCAAGAAUGAAUACUCCAUGUCAACUGUUUUGGAAUAUCCGACAAUUGGACAACUCAUUGAUAAGCUGGUGCAAAAUAACGUGUUAUUGAUCUUUGCUGUGACCCAAGAACAAGUACAUUUAUAUGAGAAUUACGCAAAACUUAUUCCUGGAGCCACGGUAGGGCUACUUCAGAAGGACUCUGGAAACAUUCUCCAGCUGAUCAUCUCAGCUUAUGAAGAACUGCGGUCUGAGGUAGAACUGGAAGUAUUGGGAGAUACAGAAGGACUCAACCUAUCAUUCACAGCUGUCUGCAACAAUAGUACCCUCUUCGCACACCAAAAGAAAUGCUCCCACAUGAAGGUGGGAGACACAGCUUCAUUCAACGUGACUUUGAGUAUACCAAACUGCGAGAGGAGAAACAGGCACAUAAUUAUAAAGCCCGUGGGGCUGGGGGACACCCUAGAAAUCCAUGUCCAUUCGGAAUGCAACUGUGACUGUCAGAAAGAAGUGGAAGUGAACAGCUCCAAAUGCCACCACGGGAACGGCUCCUUCCAAUGUGGGGUGUGUGCCUGUAACCCGGGCCACAUGGGUCCUCGCUGUGAGUGUGGCGAGGACACGCUGAGCACAGAUUCCUGCAAAGAAGCCCCGGACCACCCUUCAUGCAGCGGAAGGGGUGACUGCUACUGCGGGCAGUGUAUCUGCCACUUGUCUCCCUAUGGAAACAUCUAUGGGCCUUACUGCCAGUGCGACAACUUCUCUUGCGUGAGGCACAAAGGGCUGCUCUGCGGAGAUAACGGUGACUGUGACUGUGGUGAAUGUGUGUGCAGGAGCGGCUGGACGGGCGAGUACUGUAACUGCACAGCCAGCACAGACUCGUGCGUUUCUGAGGACGGUGUGCUCUGCAGCGGGCGAGGGGACUGCGUCUGCGGCAAGUGCAUGUGCACAAACCCUGGGGCCUCAGGGCCAACCUGUGAACGAUGUCCUACCUGUGGGGACCCCUGUAACUCUAAACGGAGCUGUAUUGAAUGCCACUUGUCUGCAGAUGGCCAGUCCCAAGAAGAAUGUGUUGACAAAUGCAAACUAGCUGGUGUGACCAUCAGUGAAGGAGAAGAUUUCUCAAAGGAUAGUGCUGUUUCCUGCUCUCUGCAAGGAGAAAAUGAAUGUCUCAUUACAUUCCUAAUAACUACAGAUAACGAGGGGAAAACCAUCAUUCACAGCAUCAACGAGAAAGAUUGUCCAAAACCUCCAAACAUCCCCAUGAUCAUGUUGGGCGUUUCACUGGCUAUUCUACUCAUUGGGGUUGUCCUACUGUGCAUUUGGAAGCUGCUGGUGUCAUUUCAUGAUCGUAAAGAAGUCGCCAAAUUUGAGGCAGAACGAUCGAAGGCCAAAUGGCAAACAGGAACCAAUCCACUGUACAGAGGCUCCACCAGUACCUUUAAAAAUGUAACCUAUAAACACAGGGAAAAGCAAAAGCUGGACCUUUCCACAGAUGGGUAGGACUAUUUUAUGCACAGAAAAAGUCUGUUUCACUGAGAUGAAAUGUUAAUGCACUAUUUAAUUUUUCUUGCUUUGUUCCUUCAAAAUGAGGUUGGUUUAA